CGUCGAUGUCCCUUUUGCACCAACCGGUGGGACCCUCCUGUGGCAUUUACCGAUUUUUUUACUCUUGCCCAUCUUUCUCUUCCUUCCCCUCCUCCUCCUCCUCCUCCUCGUCUCUGCGACGAUCCAUACGCUUCCGGUUGAUGCUUCUUUCUACGCAGAAUUCAUCGCCGUAGAAGUCUCCUGAAAUGGCCGGUCCGUCCUCGUCCUACCCAAUUCUCUGCGCUUCCUUCAAUCAGGACAACAGUUGCUUCGUCAUCGGCACGAGGGAUGGCAUCCGGAUAUUCGAUUCCAACACGGGGAAGCUCUUGUAUGAACGAGCUGUUGGAGCUUUCAUCAUUGUUGAAAUGCUCUUUAGCACUAGUCUUCUUGCCAUCGUUGGAGCCGGAGAGCAGCCAUCUUUGUCACCACGUCGCCUGGUUUUGUUUAAUACCACAACCGGAACUGCCCUUCGGGAGUUAAAUUUUCUAACUUCAGUUGUUGCUGUUCGCUUAAAUAGGACAAGACUUGUGGUUGUCCUACAAGACAAAACAUACAUAUAUGAUGUGAAUACUGUUGGAAUACUGGACACAAUCGAUACCGUGCCAAAUCCAAAGGGAAUCUGUGCAUUCUCUCCCAGUUUGGAUGGUUGCUUCCUGGCUCUUCCUGCAAGUACAACUAGAGGAACUGUUUUGGUGUAUAAUGUCAUGGAGCUUCAUUCACAUUGUGAGAUAGAUGCCCAUCGUUCACCAUUGGCUGCGACUGUCCUCUCAUCCAACGGGAUGUACAUAGCCACAGCAUCUGAACAUGGAACAAUAAUCAGAGUUCAUUUGGUCUCUGAUGCAAGCAAGUCAUAUAGUUUCAGAAGGGGUACUUACGCGUCAACAAUAUUUUCCUUGUCCUUUGGGCCAUCAUUGCAACUGCCAGACAUUCUUGCUGCCUCAAGUUCCUCAGGAUCUGUUCAUGUUUUCUCCCCGGGUAUUGCUGUAAACCAAAGAAGCAAAAGGUCAAAUAGUUUUCUUGGAGCAGUCUUACCUGAUUCUGUGAAUGAUGUACUCGAUCCAGCUCAUCAUCUUGUGCUCCAUGAUGCUACUCCAGCUGGAGUCAAAAGCUAUGCAGUGAUUCGCAAAGUAGAUAAGGAUCCGAAAACAUCUGCAUCUGAAUUUACUGCGUGUAGGGCAAUAAUAUCCAUCAUAACCUUCAAUGGUUAUUUCCAGGAGUAUAACUUAAGUAUCAAUGAAAAAAACGAGGCCUCCUGGUCCCUGGAACGUGAAUUCAACCUCUUGAUGGUAAAUUCCGUGCCGUAACACAGUACAGGGAAUUUAUGUGUUCUUUCCAAGAACUCUUUGGAGCACAUGACAGGUUGCCAAAACUCAUGUAUCUGUCAGCUUGGCAGCGAGCUUUGUGCCAAGCACGCUUCUCAUGCCGACAGCAACCAAUGAACACUAUGAAAGCAAUGAAGAAAGAUUAGAACAUACUGUUGGGGUCAUCAACUGAGCAAAUGGGGUUUUUCAGAUGUAAUAUGGUCAAAGCAUGCACCAUGUGUAUGUAUUCGUUAGUUUCUGCUAUCCAGAUUGGACUCUGGGUCUGAAGGUGUCCUUUUAUUAGACUACUUCUCGUGAAAAAAGACGAACAACCACGAUAUCUAUGUAGUCUUUUUUCGACUGCGUGGAGUCGGAAAAAUGUAUAGCAUACGACAUCAUGUGACCUGACAAA